AUGAGCGAUUUCAGAGUUCUUGAUCUUGUGAAGCCUUUCACACCAUAUGUUCCAGAAGUCACACCGCCACUUAGAAAAGUGCCCUUCAAGCAAAGAAUCAUGUGGACCGGUGUUACUUUGUUGAUUUUCUUAGUGAUGAGUGAAAUUCCAUUAUACGGUAUUGUUUCUUCAGACUCUUCAGACCCUCUUUUCUGGCUUCGUAUGAUGUUGGCUUCUAACAGAGGUACAUUGAUGGAAUUGGGUAUCUCUCCUAUUGUUUCUUCUUCGAUGGUUUUCCAAUUGUUGCAAGGUACUCAAUUGAUUUCUGUCAACAUGGAAGAUAAAGCCGAACGUGAAAACUACCAAACUGCUCAAAAAUUGUUCGCCAUUAUGUUAUCUAUUGGUCAAGCCACUGUUUACGUUUUGACUGGUAUGUACGGUAUUCCUUCUGAAUUAGGAUGGGGUGUUUGCAUUUUGUUAGUUUUGCAAUUGGUGUUUGCCGCCUUCUUGGUCAUCUUGUUGGAUGAGUUGUUGCAAAAGGGUUAUGGUUUAGGCUCUGGUAUUUCUUUGUUCACUGCUACCAACGUUUGUGAACAAAUUUUCUGGAAAGCUUUUGCCCCAACCACCAUUAACUCAGGAAGAGGUGACGAAUUUGAAGGUGCUUUAGUUUCUGCUAUUCACUUGUUGUUCACCAAGAGAGACAAGAAGAGAGCUUUGAUCCAUGCUUUCUACAGACAAGAAUUGCCAAACUUGUUCCAAUGUUUGUCUACUUUGAUUGUCUUCUUUGCCGUUGUCUACUUGCAAGGUUUCAGAUUGGAGAUUCCAAUCAAGUCUACCAGAACCAGAGGUCCAUACAGAGCUUAUCCAAUCAAAUUGUUUUACACUUCCAACACCCCAAUCAUGUUGCAGUCUGCUUUGACUUCUAACGUUUUCAUUAUCUCCCAAAUGUUAUUCAACAAAUUCCCAAAUAACAUUGCUGUCAAAUUAUUGGGUUCUUGGGAAGCUAGACCUGGCUCUGCCCAACUUUUUGCUUCUGGGGGUUUGGCUUAUUAUAUCCAACCACCAUUCUCUGUCAGCGAAGCCAUGUUGGAUCCUAUCAAGACCGUCAUUUAUGUUAGUUUUGUUUUGACCUCUUGUGCUGUUUUCUCUAAGACCUGGAUUGAAAUUUCCGGCACUUCUCCUAGAGACGUUGCCAAACAAUUUAAAGAACAAGGGUUAGUUAUUGCCGGCAGAAGAGAAACUUCUGUUUAUAAGGAAUUGAAGAAGAUCAUUCCUACUGCCGCUGCCUUUGGUGGUGCCACCAUUGGUGCUUUAUCCGUUGUCAGUGACUUGUUGGGAACCUUAGGAUCUGGUACUUCUAUCCUUUUGGCUGUCACCACUAUUUAUGGAUACUACGAAUUAGCUGCUAAGGAAGGUGGUUUCUUCACUAACUUGCCAACUGGUUUAGGUGAAAUCUAA